AUGGCUUCCACUGCUGGAUUUCCAUUAUAUCUACACCAGGAUGAGACGUCAAUUCUCAUGCUCUCUGACUCGGAAGAUGAAGAUGGGCCUCCAACUCCUCGGGACCCUCAUCAUCCCCGCGGCCCAUCCAGAGCUGAGUCACGAACCGAUUCAAUAGAGCAGGACGAGGACGAGGAUGCAGACGAAGACGAGGGCGAGGCAAUGCGGAAGAGAACCAAAGAUGCCGCCGCUAAUGUCCCGCUUCAUCCAAUCCCUGCUUUGCAAUCAGCCUUUGCCGAAUCUCUGGUUGAAGCUACCGCCGAUCCUAUAGUUGCAAAACCCAAGUUAAGGUUUGGUGAUGCCAAGGAACGUCGGGCACGAUUGAUAGACUCCGAGAAGGAUGCCAAACUAUACAAUGACUUCUGGCGCUACCGACCAGGACAAAUCCACCACGAACUGUCCAAGCUGAUGGCGCAGAUCUCAUUCGGCGUCUAUCUUCUUCUCAACGGAAUCGCGAAUAGCAAUGUUCAAGUUGUGAAUAUCCUGCAGGGUCAUAUCGAUGAAGUCGACGAAUUCCUCGAAGUGACUAUGGAGGAUGUCAAAUUGGCCACGGACGAUAUCCAAGAACGAAUUGAUUUCUUGAAGUUACCUAUGCAAAAUAUUUCUACCUUUGAGAAAAUGUUGGAGGAUCGCGCCUUCAGACUGCAAAUAGUUACAGGCAACGAGAAGAUUGAGCACAUCGUCAGCCGGACAUCCGCAGCACUUGAGGGAAGUUUAGAUGAUGUCGAAGAGGGCCUGAAGGCCACCAAGGAAUUUGCCGUGUACUUGGGCGACCAGCAAAACCAGCCUUGGAAGACCGCGAGGCCCGACGUGGUUGACAUUUUCGAUGCCAUGAAGGGGAACGCAGAGGGUUGGUACAAAGCAUUCGUGGACCUGCAAGAGAAUGCCUCGAUGUUAGACAAUCAGUUGAUCAAACUUGGUCAAAUGGUGGCUGAUAUGGAUCGGAGGGCAGGUGAAGUGAGUAGGCGGACAACUGUGAGCCCCAUGAGUGGUGCUUACUCGCUCUCAUUAAGAGCCAGUGCUUUAAUGCCCUUGCAGUUCAGUGUGACACCAUUCUCUGGACCAGCCGCGGGUGCUUCACGCACUUCGGUCAUCAGCCCACAAGCUUCAAGAAAAUCAUCUCAAAGAUCAACAUCCAGCAGGGCUCAUUCGACAUCUGUUUCUUCUCGAACAGAGUCCAUGCUUGCGGAAACGAGGAGUCCGUCUCAGAAAUCUCCACCCUCGUCUCCCAAUGUACGGGAUACUCUGCCCGAUUUUCAGUUCAAACCUCUACAUUUGCAGAGCUCCCUUCCAAAGGAAAGUCUGAUCUUGGAGAUAGAUACUGCAUCAGAGCCUGACGAAGAGACUAUUGAGCCUUCGAGGCCAAGUCCCAUUGCGGAAGAAGAGACACUGUUUGUUCUGCAACCACGCACCUACACCCCUCAACCCCCUACGCCAUUGCCAUCACCCAUGGUGCAUAGCCAGCCCGCCACUGAGCCGGUUUUUCUUGACUCACGAACUUACACUCCGCCCGCUGAGGACCAGCCUGCGCACAAUUCGCCUGCUAAUGAUCUGGCUCCCCUCACAUCACUGACUUACACUCCGCCUGCCGCUGAGCCGGCCCCAUUAAAGGCGCUAGUUUACACUCCGCCUGUUGACCACCAGCCCAUUCGCAAUCCACCCACCCCCGAGUCACCUAAAGAAGCUCCAGCGCAGGUGGAGGAGGUUUCAAAGAGGACGUCCCUGAGGCAAAGGUUAUCGCUUAGGGGAAAUGCUCCUCCUGAUUCGAUUCGUAUUCCUCCUCGGAGCAUGAACCGUCCGAAGUAUCAAUCUCCACAAGUGCAGCAUGCACAGGAAAUCCAGGUUCCCGAUGAGUCCCCUCGAGUGCAAUAUGCACAACAUAUCCAGAUUCCGGAUCAGUCACCCCGGAUCCAAUAUGCCCACCAAACCCAACGUCACGAUUCUUGUACUUCUGACAUGUCCCGUCCACCCCUUUAUCCACCGGCUGAGAGUCUCCACGACUUCCCAUCGCCCCCCGUUUUCCAUCACACCAUUCCUUCGCCUUUGAGCGACCAACAAUACUUCAGGCCUGUGCAAGCAAGUCCUCACUCACCAUUACAACGACCGUGGACAUCGACUUCUGGCCAUCCUCCCUUUCAACGUCCUCAUACAUCUGCUACACAGUAUCAGCAGGCUAAACAUCAACGCAAUGCGCCUUCAGCCAUGGGUAUGAGCAUGUUGAGUAAUGUGACAACUAUGAAUACGGAAGGCAAGACCUUGAAGAAGAAAAGAAGUGCUUUCGGCUGGCUGAAGAAAGCAUUCUCGCUUGACGAAGAGGAGCGUGCUGCUUUCGAGGCAAGAAAGCAGCAACCGGCGCCUAACCUUUAUUAUGAAGGUCGAAGCCCCAAAUAUCUUGACGGACGAAAGAGGGACGAAUACAGAGGCUACUAG